UGAAUAUGAAUUUAUGCAUAAGAAGUAUUCAGGCCUCAGAAAUAGAACAUUUCUUAGGCUACGUGAACUUGUAUUACGAAGACGUCUGUUUGAGGCGCAUAUUUUUUUUAGUACUUAAAAAUGAGUAUCAACUCAAGUCAACAACUGAAACCAUCUGUGGAAGACGGAGCAAAAGGUCCUUCAAUUGAAAAAGAUGAAGACAGUACCAUUUCUACUGGUCUACACAAGGCCAAAUCCAUGGCUAGUUAUAUGAGCAAAAAGGCAGACCCACGAUAUUGGGUGCCUCGACUAUUUAUUCGUCUUGGUGGCUUUUUCGUCUUAAGUGGGUACAUCCUUUCUGGAGCGUUUCUCAUGCAGUACCUUGAAAGUGAACACGAGCAAAAGGAAAUAAGUGAAAUACUGAAAGCAAGAGAUGAACUUUUGGGAAGACUUUGGAACGACUCGAGACCAGAAAAUACUACAUACGGAGAGUGGAUAGGUCCGGCAUCAGAAGAAAUGAAAAUUUACGAAGACAAAUUGUACAAAUCGUUUGACCACGGAGUAACGCCUGCCAAAGAGGUUUGGCGUUUGUCAAGUUCUAUUAUGUUCUGUAUCACAGUAAUCACGACAGUUGGUUAUGGACACAUUACUCCGGUGACGACAUGGGGGAGAAUCGCAACGAUUCUAUACGGCUUGGUAGGAAUACCCCUACUCCUACUUGUACUAUCUGAUCUUGGAUACUUAGCAGCAUUGCCAACUAAAUACAUCGUAUACCUAUUGGCUAAAGUCAACCAGGUCCGUAAAGCCAAGAUCCAGCCGAUGUUCGGCAAAUUGAACUUAGGAGUCUAUUCCGUUGAGGUAAACCAAGGUUCUAGCUCCAAAGAAGAAUCGGACAGCUAUAAUGUGAUGAAGAACAGGCCAGAGUCACGAGUCUCGACAGGUGAUUUCGCCCUACCUGAUGUAGCCUCAAAAGGGACUCAAACCAGAUGUGAUAUCGUGGAAACGGACGAAUCACAACCAAUCAAAAAAGUUAAAGUGAAAGAUGCCGAAGUCCCGCUUACUGUCGUUAUAUUCGUGUUCUUUUCGUAUAAUUGCAUUGGCGCCUAUAUAUUUUCCCAAAUGGAAGAGGGCUGGUCAUUUUUUGAUGGCUUUUACUUUGCUUUUAUCACAGUCAGCACCAUUGGAUUUGGUGAUCUUGUCCCAGGCGAAACAAGUGGAAAUAUUAUUGAGGAAAACCUGAAUUUGAUCGUCGGUGCCCUUUAUAUGUUCUUCGGCAUUGCCGUAAUCUCAGCUUGCUUUGCCAUGUCGCAGACAACACUUUACAACUACGGGAUGUACAUUGCAAUCAAACUUCACCUUCGAAAGAAACCAGAAGAAAAAAAGUAGUACUAAUAAUUGUCCUGAAGAGUUUAAGAAAAAUUUACAUACACUGGAAUAGCGUUAAUUAAUUCGAUGUCUACGUGUUCUAACACUUUUAGCUACCGAAUUCGUUUACUCACAAUAAUCAUUCCUAUUAAGUCAAGGUUAAUCUAUAUUAUACUUAUUUUAAAUUAUAUGACAGUAGCAGUUGAAUCGUAUUAUCAAUUCUUAAUAUGCACUCGAUGAAAAACUUAGAUAUGAAUAACAAUAGUAUCUACAACAAUACUCUCUCCAAGUGAAUAUUCUGGGUACAGUAUAUAUUUUAGUAUGUAUGUGUAAAACAUUUAGACUUACGCACCUUUAAUGCAAAAUAUGGUUCAAAAAUACUAAAUAAUUAAAUAUUAGAUUAUGUCAAUCACACGCAUAAUCAUUGGUCUCUUUACUGUUCUCUGCGAGUAGCACUGUUCAAUGCACAUACAAAUAGAGUAAAAUUUAUUUCCUCAAAUGCAAAUUGCAUUUUUAUGGUAUUUAUGCAUUUAUAAAGAUUACCACAAGACGAUUUAAAGUAA